AUGCCGCCCCAAGCAGCCCGCAGCAUUACUUCUUACUUUAACAAGACGCCCUCCAAAGUAGCCGCAACUACCGCGGCAGCAUCUUCAGGAACCGCCAAAGCCUCAUCACCUCCACCUCCUCUCGCGUCCUUCUCAGUAUCGGCCGCUGCGGCCCCCUCGUCGCCAUUGACAGAUGUCAAGUCUUCGCCUUCCGUUCCGGGAUCAGCUGGUACGAAGCGAGGCCUGCUUUCGGACGCGGCACGCCAGGCUAUCCGGGAUGGACUGAAGCAGGCUGCUCCAGCCGAUCCGGAAGCUGAACCAGCUAGCAAGCGGAUCAAGCUGGAUCCGAAACCUACAACGUUGAAAACCGCAGAUGUCUUCACCAAAGCCGCCAGCCUCAAGUCCGCCAAGGUCCACCUACCGCGCGCAGAGUCCAGAGAGGAGCUCCGGAAGGCGCUGGCAGAACACCCGGAUAAGCUUGCUCUAUUAAUUACAGAGCUGGAUACGAUGGGCGAGGACUGGCUGCUUGCGCUCCAGGAGGAGCUGAUCAAGCCUUACUUCACCUCGUUGAAAGAGUUUGUCACCGCUGAACAAGCAAAGAAGAAGGUCUUCCCGCCCGCGGACGAGAUAUACUCUUGGUCGACCUUGUGUCCACUCAAGGACGUCAAGGUGGUCAUCAUCGGCCAGGAUCCGUAUCAUGGCUUAGCUUUCUCAGUCCGCAAAGGCGUCAGAAUCCCUCCUUCUCUUCGAAACAUCUACAAGGAGCUGGGAGAUGCGAUCCCAGGGUUCGUGAUACCAAAGCAUGGCGACCUGACAGAAUGGGCAAAGCAUGGCGUCUUGCUGCUCAACACCUCGCUCACCGUCCGCGCACACGAGGCCGGCUCACACAGCAAGAAAGGCUGGGAAGAGUUCACCGCGGCUGUCCUUCGUGUCGUCACCUCCCGACUUUCGCCCGUAGGCGGGGAGCACCUGGCAGGCGCGAACGGGGUCUGCUUUAUGGCGUGGGGGGCGCACGCGCAAAAAAUGUGCGCCGGGGUGGAUACGAAGAAACACCUGGUCUUGAAGUCUGUACAUCCUAGUCCGCUCUCGGCGUCGAGAGGCUUCUUUGGGAAUGGUAAUUUCGUCAGGGCAAACGAGUGGCUGCGGGAGCGGUACGGCCCAGACGGCGGGAUAGACUGGGCGAGUCUCGGCGCAGGGGGAGACAAGGCAUGA